AUGAAGGCUCUCAUUCUUGUCGGCGGUUUUGGUACCCGUCUGCGUCCUUUGACUCUCACCCUUCCUAAGCCCCUGGUGGAGUUCGGAAACCGGCCUAUGAUCCUACACCAAGUCGAGAGCUUGGCCGCUGCAGGUGUCACCGAUAUCGUUCUCGCCGUCAACUACCGCCCAGAUGUCAUGGUCGCAGCCUUGAAGAAGUACGAGGAGCAAUAUGGAGUCAACAUUGAGUUCUCUGUCGAGUCUGAACCGCUAGGCACGGCUGGCCCGCUCAAGCUGGCGGAGAAGAUCCUGGGCAAGGACGACUCGCCCUUCUUCGUAUUGAACUCGGACGUCAUUUGCGAUUACCCCUUCAAAGAGCUCGCCGAGUUCCACCAGAAGCACGGAGAUGAGGGUACCAUCGUCGUCACCAAAGUGGACGAGCCCUCCAAGUACGGUGUCGUUGUUCACAAGCCCAACCACGCCUCGCGCAUCGAUCGCUUCGUCGAGAAACCCGUCGAAUUCGUUGGCAAUCGCAUCAACGCCGGUAUAUACAUUCUGAACCCCAGUGUUCUCAAGCGGAUUGACCUCCGCCCGACAUCUAUCGAGCAGGAGACCUUCCCCGCCAUCUGCAAGGAGGGCCAGCUCCACUCAUUCGAUCUUGAGGGCUUCUGGAUGGACGUCGGCCAGCCCAAGGAUUUCCUCACCGGUACUUGUUUGUACCUGACCUCUCUCGCCAAGCGCAACCCCAAGCUCCUUGUCCCCCACACAGAGCCCUACGUGUACGGUGGCAAUGUCAUGGUUGAUCCCUCCGCUAAGAUCGGCAAGAACUGCCGCAUUGGCCCCAACGUGGUGAUCGGUCCCAACGUUGUCGUGGGCGAUGGUGUCCGUCUUCAGCGUUGCGUCGUGAUGGAGAACUGCAAGGUCAAGGAUCACGCUUGGAUCAAGUCUACGAUUGUUGGCUGGAACAGCUCUGUUGGCCGCUGGGCGCGUCUGGAGAACGUUACUGUACUCGGAGACGAUGUGACCAUUGCCGACGAGGUAUAUGUCAACGGUGGCUCCAUCCUGCCCCACAAGAGCAUCAAGCAGAAUAUUGAUGUUCCCGCGAUCAUCAUGUAA